CAUUCCACAGUCCUCAAGAACACAAACUUCAACCUCAGUCUCUCUCUCUGGAAGAGGCAAUGUCAGACGACAACAAAAAAAACUGGGAAUGUUUACCUGGUGAGAUUGUAACUGAUAUUUUCCUACGCUUACCUAUCAAAUCCAUCAUUAUCUGCACCUCCGUAUCCAAAACUUGGAGAAGGCUAAUCCAAAACCCCACCUUCAUCUCCACACAUCUCAUCCACCACUCCAACACCAACCAUAACUUUCUCCUUUCCAGGCCCUGCUUACAACAACAUCAAGAAUUCUACACAUUGCAUAACGAAGAUGAUCCUGAUUUCACUCAACACACCAGGUUUGAUUCCCCUUUCCAUGCUCCAAAAUCUAAGCACUAUAACGGAACAUUCCGUGUUGUCGGUAUGUGUAAUGGCCUGCUCUGCCUUGCCGAUGAUGAUAUACUCACAGACACUAAUAAAUUCUUUGUGUGGAACCCUUGUGUUAGAAAGUUUCUCAAACUUCCUGAUCCCAAUAUUACCUCCUUCACAUUGGGUGAGUUCACUGCCUCUAUUGGUUUUGGAUUUGAUCCCAAAACUAAUGACUAUAAAGUGGUGAUGGUCGCGACCUUACUGCAUAGACUUCACCAUAGUAGGUCUAGACCAAUGGUCGCGGUUUAUUCACUUUCCACUGGUAAAUGGAGAAUGUUUAAGGAUCAUGUUGUUCCCACAUGUGCUGUACGUGGUCGUGAACCUCAAGCAUUUGUCAAUGGUGCUUUGCAUUGGCUGGCUUGGAAGAGGACUAAUGAUCGCAAAUUUCAUCCUUUUGUUUUGGUGUUCGAUUUGGGUGACGAGAUCUUCCGUGAAAUAUCACUGCCAGAAUUUCCAGGUUAUACCCGUGAAAGUGUAGAGGCAUUGGGCAUUUCUGUUUCCGUGUAUGGGAAUUCCAUCGCCUUGUUUCACAACGGAUAUUUUAGUUUUGAAAGGCAGCAUUUUAGUGGUUGUCUCAACAUAUGGGUGAUGAAAGAGUAUGCUGUGGCUUCAUCAUGGACAAAAGUUUUAACUACAAUUGAUCAAGAUCCUGGAGGGGGCGUACCAAGAGCAUUAGGUUAUAAGAGGAAUGGUGAGGUUGUAUUACUAAAGGAUGGAGGACAGAUCAUCUUGUGGAAUCCAGAGAGCCAAAAUAUUAAGCAUCUUAGGAUUACUGGAUAUCAGUAUAGUUUUGUUGGUUCUUAUGUUGAGAGUCUAGUUUUACUAGACAAAUCCACCAAAGGUGUAGUUACAUACUAAGGAAAAUAGUUAAAGAUGCAUUAAAUGCUUUUUUUUUAAUGGUUUAUGGUUUUGUUGGUUUGCCUCCAUUGUAGCUCACUGAUACAUAUAGUCCGUUUUAGCCUUGUAUUUUCAGGAAUUGAAAAAUGUUGAUGGACCAAGCAAUACUAGGUUCGUAAGAGUAAUUUCUAUUAGAAGCAAUGAGAUCUGUCAUCAUUUAUGAUUGUUGCCUUGCAAGAAAUUAUGGUUCAGUU